ACAUAAUACUAAGUGCGAACUUGAGCUGUGUGCUGUGUCACAACCCGUGGCCACUAUAUAUACUGUGCUUUGCUCCUGGGGAUCAUAGUAGCACUUGACUGCACUCGACAACUCAUCCUCAACAACAAUGGCCUUUAAGUUCGUCGUCUUCUCUUGCCUUGUGGCCUUCGCUAAGGCUGGCGUGGCCCCCGUAGCAGUGGCUGCUCCCCUCGCCGCGGCACCCGCGGUGGCGGCGCGGCUCGAGGAGUUCGACCCGCUGCCGCAGUACCGCUUCGGCUACGACGUGGCGGACUCGCUCACCGGCGACUACAAGAGCCAGACGGAGCAGCGCGACGGCGACCUGGUGCAGGGACAGUACUCGCUGGUGGACUCGGAUGGCACGCGUCGCGUUGUAGACUAUUCGGCUGACCCAGUUAACGGGUUCAACGCUGUCGUGCGCAAGGAGCCGCUUGUAGCCGCAGCGCCCGCCGUCGUACCCGCUCGCAUCGCCGCUGCUCCAGUGGUAGCCCAGCCAGCCGUCGCCCGCUACGCUGUCGCCCCUGCCGCUUAUACCGCUCCCGUCGCGAGAGUAGCCGCUUACACCGCCCCUGUGGCUGCCGCUUACACCGCCCCUGUGGCUGCCGCUUACACCGCGCCAGUGGCCGCAGCGUACACAGCCCCGGUCGCCAGGGUGGCCGCAUAUUCUGCACCACUCGCGUACAGAUACGCCGCUCCAGCACCGUUCGUAGCUGUAUAAAGAUCUGCUCACAUCGACAACUUAUUUACAACUAUGGCCUAAUAAAGAUUUUUAUACGAUCAA